CAGGACAGCAACCCAUCGUCAUUGCCUUGUUCUCUGCAGCAUGAAGGGCUCAGGCAGCAUCAAAGUCCCAUGCUCAUCUGCCAAUAUCGGGCCAGGUUUUGAUACCGUCGGCAUCAGUCUUUCCAUCUACCUGACACUCAAUGUACGGACUGGUGUCGAUGAAGAACCCAUCUGCCAGCUAUCCUAUGAGGGCGAAGGCGCCGAUGAAGUGCCAUUGGAUCCUGAACAGAACCUCAUCACGCGUACUGCGCUCUAUGUGCUCAAAUGUCACAACAUCACAGCCAUUCCAAAGGGAACAAGAAUACACAUCAACAACGGUAUUCCCCUUGGUCGAGGGCUUGGGUCUUCUGGUGCUGCCGUUGUUGCUGGUGUCAUGCUCGGUGAUAUGCUGGGUGGAUUGAAGCUUUCAAAGGAGAGGAUGAUGGAUUACUGUCUCAUGAUUGAAAGACAUCCCGAUAAUGUCAUGGCUGCCAUGAUGGGUGGCUUUGUUGGAUCUUUCCUCAAUGAGCUCAGCGAGGAGGAUACAGAACGCAAGGAGAUCCCACUCAGUGAAGUUCUACCAGAACCUGCAGGCGGUAUCGACACUGGCCUACGUCCACCAGAACCACCAACCAAUAUCGGCCAUCACAUCACAUUUGGCUGGGCAAAAGAACUUCGAGCCAUUGCCAUUAUCCCGCAAUUCGAGGUAUCCACUGCAAAAGCGCGUGAAGUCCUACCGACCCAAUACUCACGUAGUGAUCUCGUCUUCAAUCUACAAAGACUCGCUGUAUUGACCACGGCACUCGCAAGAUCUCCACCAAACCCAGAUCUCAUCCAUCAGGCAAUGCAAGAUAGAGUGCAUCAGCCCUAUCGAAAGACACUGAUUCCAGGUCUUCCAGAAGUCCUUGCAUCGGUCACGCCAAAGACACAUCCCGGUCUUUGCGGUAUCUGCCUUUCUGGCGCCGGUCCAACCAUCUUGGCGCUUGCCACGCGUGAUUUCGACCAUAUUGCACAAACUAUCAUGGAUAAGUUCAAGGCGGAAAACAUCACUUGCACCUAUGAGGUCUUGGAACCUGCAUAUGACGGUGCGACUGCUUCGUUCACGCCUGCGUGAAGACUUGUUCAAAGACUGGUCGUCGCUAGUGUGUAGAAGAAGGACCAAGCCACCUCAUACAGUACUUUUGGGCUAAAU